GCCGUUAUAUCCGCGUGCUCUCUUUGAUUUUUUUUCAGCGUCCUACCGAGUGACUUGGAUGGAUAUGUAGUUCAGCUGUAUGGUUCGACACCGCCAGUUACACGGAAAUCUCGGCUGCAUCAUUUGUUAUGUCCAUUUCCUCUAUCUGUCGUGGUACAACGCGUGUGCUUGAGGUCGGGAAGAACAGGGUGCAAUAGCAUAUUUGCGUAGAGGAAUUGGACUUACGAGGCCACGUUCUACACAUAGGAACGUUUCCUUAUAAAACGGACGAGCGCUGACCAAGGCCUUCCGGAUCGACGUGUCAAAGCCGAAGCGAGAUUCGAUCCAGUCAUUUGGUUAGCAGAUCGCCUCUCAUUCACGUAUCAGCUCCGUCUUUAAACACUGUCUCUGCUUUUAAGGUUCAAGCUCCGGCACCCGUGUCGUUUCUAGCUGGCUUUCUCGGUAUGCAAGUUAUUAAGGAUGAAGCUCCUUAGUGUACUUGCAGCAACCACGCUGUCUCUCAUUUCUGUUUCCGCGUCGGCAAUACCCCUACAAUCUCUCCGAAGAGGAAGUGACGAUCCCGUAUUGGAGAGCAACUUCGCUGACCCGUCAAUAAUCCAAGAUGAAGACGGUAUGUGGUACGCCUUCGGGACAGCUGCAGACGACAAGCAAGUUCAGGUAGCCACAGGAGAGAGCCUGUAUGGAACGUGGAAUCUACUAAAUGAUAUCGAUGCGCUUCCUCGGUCGGCUUCCUGGACUACUGGACGCCAUACCUGGGCUCCUGAUGUGCGCCGCGCAGGGAACGGAAAAUAUGUUAUGUAUUACAGCGGCGAGGUAGCCCAAGAUUCCGCUCGCCACUGUAUCGGCGCAGCAGUAGCGGACGUCAUCACUGGUCCGUACGUUCCCGAGGACGAACCAUUUGCUUGCAACCUCACGGCCGGCGGCUCUAUUGACGCGUCUGGAUUCCAAGACGCAGACGGCAAACAAUACGUACUCUAUAAAGUCGACGGGAAUAGCGUUGGCCAUGGAGGAAGCUGCAGCAAUACCGAUAGCCCGAUUGUACCUACGCCAAUUAUGCUCCAGGAGGUCGAAGAAGAUGGCGUGACGAAAGUCGGUGAGCCUGUUGAAAUCUUCAACCGCAGUGACGAGGACGGCCCGUUGGUAGAAGCCCCAAGUAUGUUGCGCACAGACAACGGAUUAUACAUCUUGUUCUUCAGCAGCGGUUGCUACUUAGAGCCGAGCUAUAAUGUGAAUUACGCGACGUCGACGAGCCUGACGGGGCCAUUCCAACGCGCACAACGCCCGAUAAUAAAAUCAGGAGAGUACACGUUGCGGGCACCCGGUGGCGCUACGGCGGUGCACGUUGGCGACAAAGUUGGGAUCGCUUUCCACGCAGAUUGCCAGCAAGGGCGGUGUAUGCAUACAUCGCAUACCGUUGUUGAUGGCCGGGAAGUAAGAGUUGUGAUGUAGGCCAGCUACUUCACAACUCGUCAUU